AAGUAAACUGAAGUCAGUUGGUCACCAGCAAGAAUUAAAGUAUCGGGUGCUGUACAUACCGACGUUCCCAACCUUUCCGCUGGUGGACGGCUUUUUCUUCAUGGAGUCACCGCGGAGGACGCUGGUUGGACUGCAGAUGACUACAGCGAGUGCGCAUGACACCAUACCCAGCACUGUGAAUCAGUUCACUGAGCAUCUAUCGAGGUUUUUUAAUGGUUGGGAGGAAUUUGCUAAAGGUUUGUCGUGGGAUAUUAUUUAUAUACAACACGCAGACAGCACGCCGAUGGAAAACUGGCAGAGAUGUGGUCCCGUCAUUACCGAAAAUUUGAGCGACGCUGAAAAAGAAAUUGUGGCGUUCUGGAACGGAAAGGUACACCAAUACCAGUUUAUUUUAGAAGGUAAAUUUCCUGAGGCAAUCGAAUUUUCUCAUGAUGGUCUACCUAACGGGGAUAAAAAGGGCAAGGAAAUUGGUACUAUUUAUUCUUUUUAA